UGGGAUGCUAGCAGCACCGACACACUCAAACACACUCUGAGAGGAUUGAAGGGUUAAAGGACUCACCAGAGUUAAACUGCUGCAGACAGACAGACGGACAGCAGGGUGUCCGGGCAGGCGACGAGACGGGGGAGGGAGGGUGAUGCUGGCAACAUACAAACACACACACACACACACACAUACUCACACACACACACACUCCGGGCUGCAGUGAAGCUAUUUAGUGAUAGCAUAUCAUGGAGAGGAGGCUAAUGUCCUGACACACACACUCCCACACACACACACACUCACACAGUCUCAGAUAUGUGGCCUCCAAAGCUUCCUGUUGGACGAUGUAGGACGGACCCAGCUCUCUGAGGGGUGGAGCCCACAGUUGGCGGUCAUGUCCAAGCGAGGACCCGGGGCAGCACGGGGCAAGGGAGAGCGACCGGAUGCCAUGGCGUCCCUUCAGGCAGCCAACGAGGAACUGAGAGCCAAACUCACCGACAUCCAGAUCGAGCUGCAGCAGGAAAAGAACAAGGUGAGCCGUCUGGAGAGGGAGAAGAGCCAGGAGCUGAAGGCCGAGCAUCACCGCGCGACGCUCGCCGUGACGGAGCUGAGGGCCAAACUCCACGAGGAGAAGCAGAAGGAUCUGGCGGUAACCAGGGAGACGUUGCUGCGGCAACACGAGAUGGAGCUCAUGAGGGUCAUCAAGAUCAAAGACGGAGAAAUUCAACGCCUCAACGGGCUGGUGCUGACGCUGAGGGACGGGUCGGCCGACAAGGUGAGGAGUUCCCUGUUGGCAGAGGUAGAGGAGGCCAGAAGGACCUGGGAGUCUGAGCGGGGUCGCCUCCAGCAGGAGGUCCAGGAGAUGCGCGGAGCAAAGAGGAGCGCAGAGGAGGCCAUGGCAUCAGCCCAGCAAGCCUGUCAGGCCCGAGCAGCCGAGCUCCGAUCGGCUCACCACCAGCACCAGGAGGAGCUGAACCGGACCAAGAGAGACUGUGAGAGGGAGAUCCGCCGCCUGUUUCAGGAGGAACGCGACGUUCGGAGGUUCCAGCUGAAGAUCGCUGAGCUCAGCGCCGUUGUUCGCAAGCUUGAGGAUCGAAAUGCUCUGCUGUCCGAAGAACGCAAUGAACUGCUGAAGCGUCUCAGAGAGGCUGAGAGCCAGUUUCUUCCUCUUCUGGAUAAAAACAAACGCCUGAGCAGGAAGAACGAAGAGCUGGCUCUCACCGUGCGGCGCCUCGACAACAAGCUUCGCUUUGUUACCCAGGAGAACAUGGAGAUGGUAGCUAUGAGGAGGCCGAGUUCAUUAAACGACCUGGACCGCAGCCACUCCACCAGUUACCAUGGUUACAGCCAAGAUGAGAGGGAGAUGGAGUUUCUGCGGUUACAAGUGGUGGAGCAGCAACACAUCAUUGAUGACCUAUCCAAGGCUCUGGAGACGGCAGGUUACGUAAAGAACGUUAUUGAGAGAGACAUGUUACUGAGAUAUAGACGUCAGGAGACGGUAAGGAGGAAGAGGACGUUCAGAGCCUGCAGGGUCAUAGAGACGUUUUAUGGGUACGAUGAAGAGGCAUCGGUGGACUCCGACGGAUCGUCAGUGUCCUUUCACACGGACAGAACUCCAGACACUGAACCAGAGGAGGUGUGUGUGCGUGAGGAGGUGGAGAUUCGCUACCGUCAGCUGACUCAGGAGUACCAGGCGCUGCAGCGAGCGUACGCUCUGCUGGCAGAGACCAGCGGAGGAAACUAUGACGCUGAGAAGGAGAUCAAGACUAGAGAGCAGCUGCUGACCGAAAUCAGCCGGUGCCAGAGCAGGAUCGCAGACCUGGAGUCGGCGCUGAAUCAGCAAGGCUUGGAUGUGAAGUGGGUGGAGGAGAAGCAGGCGUUGUACCAGCGGAACCUGGAGCUGGUGGAGAAGGUCCGACAGAUGGAAGGUGAAGAGCUGCAACUCAAAAUUGAUAUCCAGGAUGUCAGAGACCAGAAUGAGCUGCUGGAGUUCAGGAUCUUGGAGCUGGAGGAGAGGGAGCGCCGUUCGCCUGUCUUUAAAUUCCAAUAUCUCCAAAUCCCAGAGGGUCUGAGUCCUCUGCAGAUCUACUGUGAAGCGGAGGGCGUCACCGACAUCCUGAUCAGUGAGCUGAUGAAGAAGCUGGACAUCCUGGGAGAUAACGCCGUAAGUAAUCUGUCCAAUGAGGAGCAGGUGGUGGUGAUCCACGCCAGGACGGUGCUCACUCUGGCCGAAAAGUGGCUGGAGUCCAUCGAGGUGACGAAGUCAGCCCUGCAGCAGAAGAUGUUGGACAUCGAAAAUGAGAAGGAUCGAUUCAGUAAACAGAAAGGCUACCUGGAUGAAGAGCUGGACUACAGGAAGCAGUCCAUGGAUCAGGCCCACAAGAGGAUCCUGGAGCUGGAGGCCAUGCUGUUUGAAGCUCUGCAGCAGGAGGAGGACUCCAGGAUGUUGGGGUUAAAGGUGGAGGGGUGCCGGCUCUCCGAGACCCUCACAGAGGAGGAAAAGGAGGAGCUAAGAAGAGCCAUGGACCAAUGGAAACGAACGGUGAUGUAUGAGCUGAGAGAAAGAGACGCCCAGAUCCUUCGAGAGAGGAUGGAGCUGCUGCAGCUCACACAGCAGAGGAACAAGGAUUUGGAGGAAUGUAUAGAAGCACAGAAACGCCAGAUCAAAGAGCUGGAGGAGAAGUUUCUAUUUCUGUUUCUAUUCUUCUCUUUGGCCUUCAUCCUCUGGUCGUAACAGAUGCAGCGUGUGCAGGCCUCCAGAGUCCAGCAGCCGAACUCUGGGCGGGGCGACCUCCAUCUGGUCCGGACCACGUCGUUGUCAGGAGGAGGACGAGGACUCCCGGGGUUUGGAACCAGGAACACCAGCUGAAGCUCAGGCUUCACUGCUGUCAGCUGCCAAUCAGAGAAGAGCCCUCAGGUGACUCAGUCACCGCGGUGCCAAAGGUCAAGGACAGUAUCCAUGGCAACAAAGAAUAACUGUCCUCAGACGAGGGAGGCUCCCAAUCGCAGGAAGUUCUGGCUGAGACUUUUGACUCAUUAAGACCUUUCUGGACCAAAACCGGUGCUGGACCAGCUUAAGCUAGUGGACUACACAUUCAAGCUGGUGGAUUUUUAACAUCAUUUCUCUCAAUGAACUUGUUUGGUUGACUGAAGUGUUAAGUUGGUGAAUUCUGUCAGUACAAGAGGUUUUAUGAACAGAAGGAGCUGCUGAUACUCAGAAAAACUGAAAUAUUCCGCACCCCACGAUUGGCUGGAGAGAGCCGAGCAGUUGGACGUUGUGGUUUUUCUUCACGUUGGAGUGUGUGACCUGUCGGGUUCACCUCAGGACCAAACACCGAUGGACAAAACAUCUGGAGAAGAACAGGAGGUCCAAUGGCAGGUUGAGGUGCUAAAAAUCACAGAAUGAAAUGAUCGAGGAAACAGUGUUUGAGAUGACCGAGAACUCAGCAGAAACCAGAGAUGCAGAUGCAACCGCAGCAGUCCACCGACCACCGACCCAGGUUAAACAGGUUCAGUUGAUCCAGAAUAAACAGGAUCAGAUGAUCCAAGUUAAACAAGAUGACAUGAACUAAAUUAUACAGGCUCAGACGAUCCAGAUUAAACAGGAUCAGUUGAUCCAGGUUAAAUGGGUUCAGUUGAUCCGGAUUAAAGGUAUUCUAUGCAACAAAUCCCUGAUUUUGGAAAGCUAGCAAGAUUUGAAAGAGGCACCUCUAAGCCCCGCCCAUUCGGUCCGAAUGAAACGGAUUGGUCCAGGACCAGAGGCUUGGCAGGAAGGGAAAGAACCAAUCAGAUGCCUUCAUUUUAAACCACGACCCCCCCCCCCCCUGUCCCAUGCGCGCACUCGCUUCCAGCCCCCCCGUGUCCACUUCCCACGGGUCCUCCUGGGCUCACAGUGUCCCAGUGUAACCCCCCUCCCUCCCCUCUGCCAUGGACCCCAGUAUGUAGUUAUUAUGUAGUUAUUUCCAGAGCAGCUCGGUCCCCGCUGUGUGGGUGAGCGGGGAGCAGAGCCGUUAGUCCGGGCUGCUGCUACAGGACUCUCUGCCCAGCAGCAGCAGCCCGCGGGGACACGUGAAGAGCCGCAGCAGCUCCGGCUCGGAAGCAGUAUGGGGGUCCGUGGGGAUGUAGGCGUCUCCAUCCCGGCGAGAGCGGAGAGCGCCGGUGCGGCUGGCGGAGCGCUGCAGUGCCGUGCAGGCU